AUGGCACCGGGGAGAAGGGAUAUAUGCUGCGCACAGGGGGCAGCAGGGAUGUGUGCGGCAGCCCAGGCUGCCCUCUGUAAGGCCAUGGCUGGGCACCGGCAGCUGGUGCUGCAGCUCGGGGGCAGCACGGACAGCCCUCAGCUGCGGGAGGAGCGGCGCAGGAGGAGCACGGAGGCCCGCGAGCUCAGCACCGGGCUGCAGCGUGCGCUGCUGGUGGGGCUGCGGCAGGAAAUGGUGAGCCCCAAGGAGCGGCAGGAGCUGGAGCGGCUGUGGGUGCUCUUCCUCUCCGCCCUGGAGCUGUUCCUGCAGGACCUAUACCGAGCCCACCACCUCUACCAGCUCUUCUCCAUGCAGGGGGGUGGCACAGCCCUGCUGCGCACUGGGCUGGGGGGCCGGGCGCUGCCCAGCCGCAAGGGGAGCCGGCGACGGGGUGGUCCUGUGCAGCCCCCAGCUGCCCCAUGCCUGGAGGAGGAGAUCGAGCAGGUGAGGGCCACGCUGGUGGAGAUGGAGAGUAGAGCUAACAUCCCACCGUGGACAGUGGAGGCCACGCAGCCGGCAGGUAUGGGUGGCACUGCAGCCCCCACGGCCAGGGUGGCUCGGGGGGGACCUCGUGCUGGGCACUGCUGCAGGGUGCUCUGAGCGGGGGGCAGGAGCGGAGGUGACAGGGCUGCACCGCCCUUGCACGCUCACGACAUUACAGAGCAGGGGAUGGGGCCUUAUGUACCCCCCAGUCCCCUGCCUGGGCAGGCAAU